UUAAAAAACUUAAUGGUCAUAAAAGAAGAGAUUUCUGGAAAAACGAAAGGAUUUGCUGGAUUUGAUGUCUUUCUAGAGUCCCUGAAAACCAUUUUGGGAAACCCCAGCUCAGCAAUGUAGUCACGUGACUCGUUCUUUUCGGCCGACGUGAGAAAGUCAGCCAACAUGCCUUUGGCAAAGGACUUGCUGCAUCCCUCCCCAGAGGAGGAAAAGAGGAAGCACAAGAAGAAGAGGCUGGUUCAGAGCCCCAAUAGUUACUUCAUGGACGUCAAAUGUCCUGGUUGCUAUAAGAUCACCACAGUUUUCAGCCAUGCCCAGACAGUAGUUCUGUGUGUAGGGUGUUCAACAGUGCUGUGUCAGCCGACAGGGGGCAGGGCUAGGCUUACAGAAGGCUGCUCGUUCAGACGGAAGCAGCACUAAGUGAGGGACGAGAGGAGAAAGCCGGCCACCACCCUGUUCUACUGCAGCAGACACUACAGCUGAAGCGAGAGGCAUUCCCACGUCCUGGCGCCGUUCCUCGCCUUCAGACAUGCCCGAGAACGGCUCUCCCACGGACGUGUGCCUCCAACUUCAGCGUUUAACAUAAUAUUCAAGUCACCUGCAAAAUCUGCACUAAGUAAUUGAUGUACACCUAGUGUAUUGCUUGUAAACAAGUUGGUGGCAAUUAAAAAAUCCUAUCUCAAGCAGA